UGAUUUUCUAUUAAAACUAGGACAAAUUUCCACCCCGCUGGGACACCUCUUGUUUAUAUCACAUUCCUUAACUAUACCUUCAAGGCAGGGGACGAAAAGAGGUCUCCGACCUUUUUUUUUGACAUGUAAAAAACCGGGACUCGGACCGUUCCUUCAUUCGAUGAUAUAAUUCUCAGCAGCCUUACGCAAUUCUCCAUCCUGCAUGUCAGCAUUACCUACCUUACCGUUGUUUCAGCCGCUCAGCUAGAGCUGCACUUUGAUGUAGCGCAAGACGCGACAUCAAGCGUUGGAGCCCAAGGUCGAGCGCAGCCUACUUGAUAGCUAGCCAGUGUCUUGGGUUGAUAAAAGUGAAUGCCGUGCGUGACCUAGGUCAGAAGUAUCAUUCUCAAUUUCGGCUGAGAGGAACCGACUGGUUGUUGACCGAUGUCUGCGGCAUGGACCCUAUUUCGAUACUUCAAAUCCUGAGCACCGUCAUCGCUCUGGGCGAUGUGGUCUUGAAAUGCAUCACAAAACUCCGCUCCAUCAGUGCCAAGUACCAGGACGCCCCGGUGCUGUUGUUCACUAUGAUAAGCCAGCUCUCCAUAGUGCACUCUGCCCUGGGCCAACUCAAGUUGUUCCAUUCACCAGACCUAAGCCGCAGCCCGAGGUAUCAGCAGCUGGCUCUCCAGGUCCAGAGUGCCAUGGAAAGCUUUGAACCGUUGAUGGAGAAUUUGCAGCGAGAAAUAGAUCGCUUAGACGAUGGCCUCCCUUUGUUGGUGGCGACAAAACUCAGGAUCUCUUUUCUGUGGAGCGAGAGAGAGAUGUCUUACUUGUCCACAAUGCUCGAUCGGCAAGUAAAUGCGCUCAGCCUCCUAUUACAAGCUAUUCAAUGUCAAACCUGGGCGCAACAACAAGAUAUCCUCGAGUGCCACGAGAGCCAGCUCACGCUGAACGUGGCCAAAGACCACUCCUCCUCCAUCGCCGGACAGGACGACCGAUCCAGCUUCGACUCGCACGACACGCAUCUCUUCAGCAGCAAGUUCGACUUCGACUCGAUCAUCCUCAGCUCACGAAUCUACCGAAAGGUGCAGAGAAGUCACUGGAGGAAGGCAAUACGGGGAGAAAAAGCCCCGGAGGCAGUACACAAUACCCUUGAGAGCAGCGGUUCAUCUCAAUCGUCAUCGUCAGAUGAGCGCUCUCUUUACACCUGCGGCUCGAACCAGCAGCAGAGCUUGUACUGGAGUGCGAGGUCCCACCCAGACACGAGCAGUUUCAUGGCAUUGUCUCGUGCGGUCCCGCUGCAAGACAGGGAUGAGUCGAUCAUCCACCGAGCUGCGACGCCUAGACCUAUGGGGGGUGCUAUCAUCCCAUGGGCGUUUUGAAGAACAGGUACCUAAGGCAAGGUUGCCGCCCUAGAGCUCAAGGUGGUCGGGUCCACAGAGUACCUACCGCAAUCAAUGAAAAAAAAAAAAAAAAAUGAAUGAAUGAAAAACUACGAAAAAAAAAAAGUCUCUUUGUGGGUUUAUUAUGCCGUGACAGGAUUCCACUUUCCAACUUACCCAGAAAUCAGGUACCUAAUGUUGAUAAAAAUACUGAGUACUAUGUAUUCCAGCAAUGUCAAGCUCCAGCAUGUACCUAACCGUAUACAAGCAUAGCACAC